AUGAACCCUGCUAGAAAUGUUCAUCUACCCAUGAACCCUACUAGAAAUGUUCAUCUACCCCUGAACCCUGCUAUAAAUGCCCAUCCACCCAUGAACCCUGCUAGAAAUUUUCAUCUACCCAUGAACCCUACUAGAAAUGUUCAUCUACCCCUGAACCCUGCUAGAAAUGCCCAUCCACCCAUGAACCCUGCUAGAAAUGUUCAUCUACCCCUGAACCCUACUAGAAAUGUUCAUCUACCCCUGAACCCUGCUAGAAAUACCCAUCCACCCAUGAACCCUGCUAGAAAUGUUAACUACCCCAUUAAACCUGCUAGAAAUGUUCAUAAUUACACAUGA